ACUCACGUAAUAUAAACCCCUCACAAAUCUUCUCAACUUAGUCACUAACUCACUUUUUUUUCUCUCUUCCCCAUUUCUACUAUCAACCACCACAUAUGGCGCUCGUCCACCGCCGCCGCCAUCCCAACCUCCGUCUCCCAGAAAUCUCCGACCACCGUCCUCGUUUCUCUGUCCCCCUUCCUCCCAACAUCUACAAACAAUCAUCUUCCUCCGCCGGCUGUGACACCCUUUCUCCCGGUGACUUCGAGAAACUCGCCGUCCUCGGUCAUGGCAACGGAGGCACCGUCUACAAAGUCCGCCACAAAGUCACCUCUACCAUCUACGCUCUAAAAGUCAACCACAACGACUCUGACCCCACCACGCGCCGCCGUACACUAGCCGAGAUCAACAUCCUACGCCGUGCCACCGAUUGCCCUAACAUCGUUAAAUUCCACGGAUCCUUUGAGAAGCCCACCGGCGACAUCGCGAUUCUAAUGGAGCUUAUGGACUCCGGCAGCCUCGAAACCGCCCUCAAAACAAACGGAACGUUCUCCGAAACAAAACUCGCUACAGUGGCGCGUGAGGUUCUUAACGGGUUAUCGUAUCUCCACGCGCGUAACAUAGCGCACCGUGACAUUAAACCUUCGAACAUCCUCGUUAACAACAAAAACGAGGUUAAGAUAGCAGAUUUUGGUGUUAGCAAGUCAAUGGGUCGCACGCUUGAAGCAUGCAACUCUUACGUUGGCACGUGUGCUUAUAUGAGUCCGGAACGGUUUGACCCGGAAGCUUAUGGCGGGAAUUAUAACGGUUUUUCUGCUGAUAUAUGGAGUUUGGGUUUAACCCUUUUCGAACUUUAUGUGGGUCAUUUUCCGUUUCUGCAGUCGGGUCAACGACCCGAUUGGGCUAUGUUGAUGUGUGCGAUUUGCUUCUCCGACCCACCGAGUCUACCCGAUACCGCUUCACUGGAAUUUCAAGACUUUGUUGAGUGUUGCCUUAAGAAGGAAUCCGGUGAGCGGUGGACUGCGGCUCAGUUAUUGACCCACCCGUUUUUGUGUAAAGAAAUGGAUAGUUGUUAACUGAACUGACCCGGUUUGUUCAACCGGGUCGGGUACUGUAAUGGAUAGUGUUAGUUAUUUAGUUAUGUUAAUCUUUUUUUUGAGAAGUUGUAUAUUCUUUCAUGAUUCUAUUUAUUUAUUUAUUUUGGUUUAAGAAAAUGAUUCUUUAGACAUUA